AAACAUCUCGUGUGUUGUGCCAGGUGUGUAGCUGAUGUGCUGGCCGGGUGUGCUGCAGUGUAGAAAUUGUGUCAUGCUCUACCAACAAUCUAACUGCACUACACUGCAGAGACCGGUGCACAUUCAUGCGUGUCUGUCGUGGUGUAGUGUGCACGCGUACCCGGUGACAGACAGACAGACAUACAGAUAGACAGAAAGACAUAGAGAGCACAGCUGUGUGGUGUAGUGGGUAGACACGGAUUAAGUUGCGAGCUAAAAAUGUUUGGGCUCAACAUCUGACUCAAGUGAAGCACCAUGGGCAACCGACUGUGCAGGAGACGCAAGAAGGAAACCACCGAGAGCCAAAACCCUUCACUGCUCCUCAUCAAGCAGGCGCAGGAAAAAUAUUUUCACAGCCAUGUGGAGAGCGACACCGACGACAGUGACGUCAUGGAAGAAUCCAUCGAUGCCAUGUCUACCUCCCAAGACAGCUUGGAUAAUUUGGAUAUCGAAUCCGGGGAGGCUGAACGAUGGAUCGAAGAUCGAUCUAACCCGCUGGAGAGUGCGUGCACACUAAAUCAAAUCUCCACAAUAGGUGCACAAAAUGACGAGUCGAACAAAUCUCUUGAUACAACCAGCGAACAAAACCCCGUGGAAAAUCGAAAAGGGAAAAAGGGACGUAGAGCUAAGUAUAUCCGGCUCAGUAGGAGAGAGAAUUUCUUUUCUAUUUUCAAUGAGGAAGAUAAGAAAGCUAGAAGUGUGGACCCUAGGUUGUACGCUUAUCCAUUCGAAAACAUUGUCUUUGAAGGGGGAGGUAACAAAGGAAUAGCUUACUGUGGCGCGGUCAGGCUGCUGGAGGAGCUGGAACUCUGGCCCCAGGUGAAACGUUUGGCUGGCACCAGUGCCGGGGCGAUGACGGCGGCGCUGCUAGCUGUGGGCUACGACUCGCAUCAUCUGGAGGAGUUCUUCAGUCUCAACCUCAACCAGAUCUUUCUAGACCACAAGUGUGGCUACCUCAGCCUCAUCCCCAACCUGCUCCGCUACUACGGCUGGAAUCCAGGCAAAAAGAUCUACGAGUGGAUGGGAGAAAAGAUAGCAGCACAGACAGGAAACCCAGACUCGACGUUUAAACAGGUUUACCAGACUUUUAAUCGUGAGCUGUGUGUCGUGGUUACAAACCUGAACCAGAUGACGUCACUAUACUGCCAUCCUAAGACAACACCGGAUAUGCCAGUGCGGCUGGCAGUGCGCAUGUCAAUAAGUAUUCCAGGGAUGUUUAGGGCAGUCAAACACAGAACAUACGGCCACACAGAUGUGUUUGUUGACGGGGGAGUCCUGUGUAACUAUCCCAUACAUUGCUAUGAUGGUUGGUGGCUGUCUAUGGAGCCCGAGGACAACUUCCUGGAGAGGCUGCAGCCCUUAGAAGAUGUUCCUCGGCUGCUGGAGAGAUCUGAGCGGUUUGGGACUUACAACGAGAAGACGCUGGGCAUGCAGUUGUAUUCCGACAACGAGCAGGAUCUACUCAAGUACCAGCUGGAGAACUUAAGACACGGCGUCCAGCUCCAGGACCUGCCCAACACCAAACUGGCUAGGGCUAAGAUUAGGAAGAAAAAAUUGCAGCUAAAAACAGAUCGUGAACACAGGCGUCUAGUGAACGCCAUGAACGCAUUUCUCCGGUCUCUAAGACACCACGCAGGCGGUGGAGAUUCGAUUGACCACAAUGAGCUGAAGGAGGCGUUACAGGAUGAGCGACGCUUCUCCAACGCGAAAAGAUUAAUUUUGUUUGGUGACGUCAGCUUUGACGUCAUCCUGGAUUAUUUGGAUAGCGACCACGACGGACAGAUAAGCUACAAUGAGUUGCUCAACUUUAUGGAAGACACUGGUAUCAGCAUGCAAAACCGUUUCCUUGGUUACCAGAGGCGUCAAAUCAAAAAUUUGCCAUCGUUCUUAGAUACACUCCAGGCAACGCUUCUGACAAACGUGAAGAGGGUGUAUGUGGAGGAACGAGAUUUAAAGCGGACGGUGGGUAUCAAUACAGGUCAUGUGGGCACAUCAGACUUUGUUCUCGAACAAGAUGAUAUCGAUUUUUUGAUUGAACGGGGCAGGCGAUCUUUAGAGGCCUUCUUGAAAUACUACGUGGCCAGCAAUCACUUAAAAAAGAGAAGGCAGAGAUUUCCCGGGGAGGGGAGGAAAAACUCCCAGGCAUCCUUGUUGUCCACAGGAUCUGCUCCUAGUCUGGACAGCGUGGAGACCCGCUCGGUGCCAGAGUCUGAGGCAUCGGCACCCGUGCAAGGGCAUGGCAAGAAGUCCAUCCUGACCAACAAAUCGGUGGUCAUUUCUGAUGUGGUCAACUACAUCGGGCACAGCAAUAGCCAGGGAGAUAUUAGUGAAGAGUCUAACCUUUCCAAUAGUGAAACGUCGACCCUUUUAGACAGUGAGACUCCUAACCCUUUGAUUAGUGAACAGUUGAAUUUCUCCAAUGAUGAUCGGUCUCACCUUUUAAAAAGUGAACAUUCGAAUACAUCUAAAGGUGAAGAAAUUGAACUCGCAACAAAUUCUACUGGUACUUAAAAGGGUUGCUGUUGUUUCUUAGCACAUAUAAUUAUUUGUAUUAUAAA